AUGCUAGUCGGCUCACCGGUUCCCCCGGCCUGUGGAAUCGGUUCCAAUGCUUCCCGCGCCGAAAAAGGCGAGCCGUUGCGCGCCACCAAGAUCGUACUCUUCGGCGGCGCCAUUCCGGACGAUGAGAUGGAACAGGUCAAGGCCGCGACAAGGAAGACGGAGGGAUUCAAGGAGGAUGAGGUUACUUGGGUCAGGAUUACCAGGGAGGAGUUGGAGAAGAUCACAUGGCCUCCGACGCCGGAGGCUGUAGUGACGGUCUUGAAGGGGAAGUUAGUGGACUUGGGGCUUUUCCAGGGUGAAGUGCGGUAA